AUGGCGGAGAAGAUUGCGAUUGACAAAACCAUCUUCUUCAAUCAUUUGUCCAAUCUGUAUGCAUCAUGGAAAGCCGACAAGCGUUCCGGUAAUGCUCUGUUCGGGGGAGCAGGCGCCAUCGUCAUCCUCAUGGGCAAGACCAGAACCGACGAAAGUUCUUUUCAGAAAAAUAACGCGAUGCACUUCUGGCUUCUCGGUUACGAGUUUCCGGCCACCCUCCUAGUUCUGACUACUGAAGCGAUUUACGCAGUCACCACCGCCAAGAAAGCGGAGCUUCUUGAGCCAUUGAAAGGUGGAAAGAUUCCAGUGGAAAUUUUGGUGACCACAAAGGAUCCUGAGUCCAAAACGAAGGCGUUCGAGAAAUGCUUGGAGGUUAUAAAAGGUGCCGGGAAGAAAGUUGGCACCCUACCAAAAGAUACAACGUCCGGUCCCUUCGCAGAUGAUUGGAAGCGCGCUUUCGCAGAAAUUUCCAAAGAUAUUGAGGAAGUUGAUAUCACGCCAGCGCUCUCAACAGCAUUUUCGAUCAAGGAUCCUGAGGAACUGGUUUCUAUUCGAAAUGCCUCUAGGGCAUGUAGCGGAUUGAUGUCGGAAUAUUUCGUGGAUGAGAUGUCUCAACUUCUGGAUGAAGAAAAGCAGAUGACACACAAAGCUCUUGCUGGCAAGGUGGAGGCGAAGAUUGAUGAUGCAAAAUUUUUCAAUAAGCUUGCUCGCCUUCCGUCGGAAUUUGACGCUGAACAGAUUGAUUGGGCUUAUGGUCCAGUAGUUCAGAGCGGCGGGGUUUACGACUUGAAGCUGACUGCGACCCCUGACAGCAAAAAUCUUCAGCCGGGAAUCAUCAUUUCAAGCUUUGGUAUUCGCUACAAGACAUACAACUCCAUCAUCGGACGUACCUACUUGGUGGACCCCAGCAAGUCCCAAGAAGCAAACUACGCUUUUUUGGUGACCCUACACGAUACGGUGAUGAAAGAGAUCCGGGAUGGUGUCGUCGCCAAGGAUUUGUACAACAAGGCCCUGAACCUAGUGAAAUCGAAGAAGCCAGAGCUCGAGGACCACUUGACCAAGAACAUUGGCUCGGGAAUCGGCAUCGAGAUCAGGGAUACCAAUAUGGUCCUCAAUGCGAAAAACACUCGAGUCUUAAAGAACGGCAUGACGCUGGCAAUCACCAUUGGCUUUACCGAUGUGAAGGAUUCUAGCUCAAAGGGAAAGGACGUCUACUCCAUGGUCAUUACCGACACUGUGCGCGUUGGAGAGAAUGGGCCCCAUAUCUUUACCAAGGAUGCCGGAAUUGAUAUGGACUCGGUCUCCUUUUACUUUGGGGAUGACGAAGAGCCGGAAAAACCGGUCAAGGAAAAGAAGGAAUCGAAGUCUAGCGCAACUGCUAGCAGAAAUGUGACACGCACCAAGCUUCGAGCGGAGCGGCCAACUCAAAACAACGAAGGCGCCGAGGCACGCCGCCGGGAACAUCAAAAGGAAUUGGCGACGAAGAAGACCAAAGAAGGUUUGGAUCGGUUUACUGGGACAACUGGAGACGACAAUGGUGUGGCUCAGAAGAAGUUCAAGCGUUUCGAAUCUUACAAGCGAGACAAUCAGCUUCCCGUCAAAGUCAAGGAUCUUACAGUCUAUGUCGACCACAAAGCAUUGACUGUCAUCGUGCCAAUUAUGGGUAGACCCGUGCCAUUCCACAUCAAUACCAUCAAAAAUGCCAGCAAGAGUGACGAGGGAGAAUACGCGUAUUUGCGGAUUAAUUUCCUGUCUCCCGGCCAGGGUGUUGGUAGAAAGGACGACCAGCCAUUCGAAGAUCCAAACGCUCACUUUGUUCGCAACUUGACCCUUCGCUCUAAGAGUAAUGAUCGAUUGGCACAGGUUGCGCAGGAUAUUACUGAGCUUCGAAAGAAUGCUUUGAGACGAGAGCAGGAAAAGAAGGAGAUGGAAGACGUGGUCGAGCAAGACAAACUCGUGGAAAUCAGAAAUCGUCGCCCUGUGAAAUUGCCAGACGUCUACCUUCGCCCCCCGCUGGAUGGAAAACGUGUGCCUGGUGAAGUGGAAAUCCACCAAAACGGUCUCCGGUAUCUAUCACCAUUCCGCAAUGAGCAUGUCGACGUGCUAUUUAGCAAUGUUAAACAUCUGUUUUUCCAACCGUGUGCCCAUGAGAUGAUUGUCCUCAUCCACGUGCACUUAAAAACUCCGAUCAUGAUCGGAAAGAGAAAGACUCGGGAUGUACAGUUCUACCGCGAGGCGACAGAGAUGCAGUUUGACGAAACUGGAAAUCGCCGGCGUAAGCACCGAUAUGGAGACGAGGAAGAGUUCGAAGCCGAACAGGAAGAAAGACGUCGGAGGGCUGCGCUUGACCGUGAAUUCAAGGCCUUUGCUGAGAAGAUUGCGGAUGCCGGCAAGGAUGAGGGUGUGGACGUUGAUAUUCCCUUCCGGGAAAUCGGUUUUACAGGUGUCCCUAACCGCUCGAAUGUACUGAUCCAGCCGACUACGGAUGCACUCGUCCAACUCACCGAGCCGCCUUUCAUGGCGAUCACACUCAACGAAAUCGAGAUUGCGCAUUUGGAAAGAGUUCAGUUCGGCCUCAAAAACUUCGAUCUUGUUUUCGUGUAUAAGGACUUCCAUCGACCCCCAGUGCAUGUUAACACGAUCCCGGUUGAAGCACUAGAAGGUGUCAAGGACUGGCUUGACUCGGUUGAUAUUGCGUUUACUGAGGGUCCAUUGAACCUGAACUGGACCACAAUCAUGAAAACAGUUGUCAGCGAUCCAUACGGCUUCUUUGCAGACGGCGGGUGGUCUUUCUUGGCUGCUGAAUCCGACUCUGAAGGUGGCUCAGAUGACGAAGCAGAGUCAGCCUUCGAAUUGUCUGACUCUGAGCUGGCUGCCGCCGAUGAGAGCUCGGAAGAAGACAGUGACUUUGACGAUGACGCUAGUGCUGAUGCCAGUGAGGAGGAUUUCAGUGGUGAUGAGGAGAGUGGUGAGGACUGGGAUGAACUGGAAAAGAAAGCCAAACGUCACGACAAGGAAGCCAUGGCGGAAGACGAUGAUCGUGGUACUAAGCGCAAGCGCUAA